AUGACUACGGAAAGGCUCAUCAACGAUUACCAGAUCAGUGACGAUUGGCUUUUGAAUGAACAAAGAAAAUUCGAAUAUUUUUGCAACGAGAACCUUCAAGAAUUUACUGCGACUUGUCUGUUAGAAGUUGAAUGGCUAAAAAGUUACUUGACAGAUGUCAUACUUCAUUCGAGUGCAAUUCCUCGGAACCAAUCACCGGAGUGUACCAACCAGGAUCAACGGCAUGAUGCACAACACGGAAUACUCGGGAAUCGUAAACACAGCGCGAAUCCAGAAGCCUUCCCCAAUAACAAUAUCUUGCAUUCAAACGGGUUCAUGAUUUCUGAUGCACAUUAUGAUAACGAACAGGAUAAGGGAAAAUACAAAGACCCAGAUGUUAAUAACACGGCUAGAGAACAUGAAAGUAAAAAGUUGGAGCGCAAGAAAACUCUAAAUAAUUCAAAUUUCAUCAGGACCGGGCAAUAUACUGAACCGUACAGCCUUGCUUCUCGAGACAGCAAUGCUGCUUCCCGGGAUUGUAUCAAAACUUCUAAUGAUAAUCCGAAUAAAAAGACAUUUCCGAAACGAUUAGCGCAAUCAAAACCUGAGAUAAAAUCUCUCGUGUUAGCGGCUGCUGCGGCAAAAAAGGAGCAGGAAGAACAAGAAAAAAAAUCAGAAAGAAUAAAGGAAUGGGAAGCCAAACGUUUGGCUGCUUUACAACGAAGGCAGGAAGAAGAACAAAAGCGAUUGCAAAAUGCUAAACAGCGCGAAGAAGCAUGGAAAAGAAAAGCAAACUUCGUUCCGGAAGUGAAAAAAAAGGAGAAUGAAGGGUCGAGAAAAAAACGAGUGGAGAAAUUUGUUGUACAAAAAAAGAAGAAAGAUAUUGACAUGCAGCAAAAAAAUGACGUGUCAUUUGAAAAAACAUUACCUCAUUCUGAAUUCAAGGAACAUCUGUUAUUUAAAAAAUCACCUCUAAGAAGCUCCGAUUUUUUAUUUAAUAAAAAGAACGAUCUACCAGAAUCGAAUUGGAACACGAGAACGAAUGAUGAGAGUCUGCACAUGUGCCAAGCUGAGCCUUCAAGUCUAUUGUUUGCAGACACAGAUACACGCAUGAGCGGAGACGAGAUUGGCAUCAUAUUAACAGACAAUGAUAACGAAAUUUUAAAAUCUGCUAGAAAGACAAAAACUUCGCAUUCGCAUUCGCAUUCGCAGGAAGAGAUGAACAAGUAUCAAUACAAAGAGGAAAGUUUUUUAGGACAUUUUGAUAUGCAGGUGGAUUUAACGGAGACAAGCGGCGAAAGUUCAAGCAGCGAAGAGGAAGUGAAUAAUCCGAAACGUCCAGAAUGGUGUCAACCUUCGAAUCUUAAGGCGGCUUUAAUACGUCAGGCUUCGAUUGAUCCCGAGAUCAUUUUUGGAAAGGUUCAACCAUUGAAUAUGGAGAAAAUUUUCAAAGGACGUGAACGUAAAUUCCGUCAGCGUUCCAGUUCAGCGAAUUGGCUCGGUGGAGACGCUUUGACCGUUCAAGAAGAAAUAGAAUACAAAUCCCGCAUGGGAUUCAAAUGA